UUCAUUGUUCUCCAAAACUUUACUCAAAACUCAGAGCUGUCAGUUCUUUUUCUAUCAAUGGGAGUUCCAGAGAAAAAAGGAAAAAUGGCAAAGGCCCCAGAAGCAGAAGAAAAAGAGCAUCCAGUGAAGGCAUUUGGGUGGGCCGCUAGAGACUCAUCUGGGUAUCUCUUUCCCUUCAACUUCUCCAGAAGGGAAACAGGUGAUGAGGACGUGAGGUUAAAGGUAUUGUAUUGCGGGAUUUGCCACACAGAUCUUCAUUUUAUUAAGAAUGAUUGGGGCAUCUCGCUUUACCCCCUUGUUCCCGGACAUGAGAUUGUAGGGGAAGUGACCCAAGUAGGAAGCAAAGUGAAGAAGGUGAAAGUGGGAGACAAAGUGGGUGUGGGAUGCAGGGCUGGUGCUUGCCAUUCCUGCGAGAACUGCUACAAUGACCUCGAAAGCUACUGCUCCAAAACCAUACGAACCUACUCUUCCAUUUACCACGAUGGAACCGUCACAUACGGCGGCUACUCCGACACCAUGGUCGCCGAACAGCGCUACGUCGUUCGGUUUCACGAUAACAUGCCGCUGGAUUCCGGUGCUCCUCUACUGUGUGCUGGGAUUACCGUUUACAGUCCCUUGAAAUAUUUUGGGCUGGGGGAACCUGGCAAGCAUGUUGGGAUUGUAGGCCUCGGUGGAGUUGGUCAUGUGGCUGUCAAAUUUGCAAAGGCUCUUGGUGCUAAAGUCAAGGUAAUUAGUACCUCCCCAAGCAAGAAAUCUGAAGCUUUGGAUCGUCUUGCUGCUGAUUCUUUUUUGGUCAGCCACGACCUGGACCAAAUGCAGGCAAACACAGGAACUUUGGAUGGGAUCAUAGACACGGUCUCAGCUGUGCAUUCUAUUUCGCCGCUACUCGGUCUCUUGAAGUCCCAUGGAAAGCUUGUUCUUGUGGGUGCACCGGAAAAGCCAUUAGAGCUACCCGUUUUUCCUUUAAUAUCGGGAAGGAAGAUGGUGGUGGGUAGUUGCGUUGGGGGAAUGAAAGAGACGCAAGAGAUGAUUGAUUUUGCUUCAGAACAUAACAUAACAGCCGAUAUCGAGGUUAUUUCUAUGGAUUAUGUGAACACAGCAAUGCAACGCCUCGUUAAGAAUGAUGUUCGAUACCGCUUUGUCAUUGACAUUGGAAAUACUCUUAGCUGCAUCUACAAUACCUUAGAAGACUUGCUUUUAUGUUUUUCAACUUUCCGGCUGCUUCGCUACUGUAACACACUAUGACAUUAUGUUUUUUUUUUUUUGUUACUAUUAAUUAUAUUGGGAUUGAGAAUAGGAAUGUUAAUUUAUUCCGUACAUUUCAAAAACCGGUGUAUUGUCCCUAAUAGGAUGGUUUUUUUCCAGAAAAAUUGAGACGG